GUGAUGAGAUCAUUGACGGGAUGUCGGCACACUCUGUUCGCUCGAUCGAUGCGUCACGCGUGCAAGGGAGAUCGAACAGGCUUCAUGAACACUGUUGCUGUCAUCCUCGCGCCGCAUUCCUGGCCUACUAAAUGUGUUCCGGAGCGCGCAGGCCCUGUAUCUGCGAGCGUCCGACAGCGAAUGUGGGCUCGGACAAACUAUGGCACGGACCACUUCGGCAGCACGUAACGCUUGCACACGGCAGCACGGUGGGAGACAGGCAGCCCAGACCCACUCUGGCAGGCCGUAUGCGAGGCAAUCUGCGAUUCAACGGCUUCCCCGCGCUCUCAGUGUUGAUUCACAGGCUUGCUUUCUGCCAAGGACCGUCCGCAUCUGUCCAGUCUGCGUCCGGCCAUGCUGCCUCUUCUUCGACAGAACCGCUCCCCUUCGCGCCCCGUUCUGUUCACUACUUAUAUCCCUCCUCGUCCUCCGCCCUCUGUCUCUCCCAGCUCCCCGUCAAUCACCUGCCUGGGUUCAUCCCGACUUCGUGGCUUCCCGCAUCCCCGAAUUGCGGGAUCACGCCUUCCCGUUUCGCCGCACUCCGCUCUUCACACCCGCGGACACAGUGUCUGUCAUGCAGCUCUCGACCCCAGCAUGGCCCUUGGCUCCAUUCGUGGAUGUCGAUCCAUCCACCAUCCAAGCCCUCGUCAAAAUUGCCGCCCUCAUCGUCACCGGUCUCUCGGUGCACGUAUCGCUCUCGCCACCCAACCCACCCGCGCCUCCGAAGGUGCGACUUGCUGCUGCACGGAAAACAUUUUUUGAGCGCUGCGUUCGAUGGGUUACUUUCUGCAGUAAGGUGAGCAGGCCGUCCGGUCGUACCUAGCUCGCCGAUUCCACAAGUGUUUCUUUGCCUGACGGGGCACCCCGCAUAUGGCAAGUGCUUUCUCCGUCGAUCCGCCACAAUUCUGUGGCGGAUGUUCUCAGCCCAGGGAGUAAGCUAUUC